GACAGGAGCGCGAGGGGCCGCGGGGCCCUGGCCGGUGCCGGGACCCCCAGAACGGAACCUGGGGCGUCUGAACUCCGAGCCUUCCAUGGAGUUCGGGCUGCUCCCCGAGGCGGAGGCCCGCAGCCCCGCGCUGUCGCUGUCGGACGCCGGCACCCCGCACCCGCCACUCGCGGAGCACAGCUGCAAAGGCCCGGAGCACAGCGACUCGGAAAAGGCCUCGGCCUCGCUGCCCGGAGGCUCCCCCGAAGACAGCGCGCUGAAGAAGAAGCAGCGACGGCAGCGCACGCACUUCACCAGCCAGCAGCUGCAGGAGCUGGAGGCGACCUUCCAGAGGAACCGCUACCCCGACAUGAGCACGCGCGAGGAGAUCGCCGUGUGGACCAACCUCACCGAGGCUCGCGUGCGGGUGUGGUUCAAGAACCGGCGCGCCAAGUGGCGCAAGCGCGAGCGCAGCCAGCAGGCCGAGCUGUGCAAGGGCGGCUUCGCGGCGCCGCUCGGCGGGCUGGUGCCGCCCUACGAGGACGUGUACCCCGGCUACGCCUACGGCAACUGGCCGCCCAAGGCGCUCGCGCCGCCGCUCGCCGCCAAGACCUUCCCGUUCGCCUUCAACUCGGUCAACGUGGGGCCGCUGGCCUCGCAGCCCGUCUUCUCGCCGCCCAGCUCCAUCGCCGCCUCCAUGGUGCCCUCGGCCGCGCCCGCGCCAGGCGCCGUGCCC